AAAAACUUAUUUUUUUCAAAACUAUGAACAUAUUGCUAUUAAGUUUAUUAUUUCUUCAAUCCAUCAAAUUAUCAAGCGGGUUGAUCCGACUUUCCGAGGUUACUGACAAAGGUACACUGGUUUUAGCCGUUGAGAUUGGAGCCAACCUGUUCUUAUCAUCCUCUGACGAUGCUCCGUUACUUCAGAAUAUUCAAAUUAUCAACAAAGACACGACAAAAUCAGCUUUGGAUCUGAAGAACUUGGGAAUUAACAAGGAUGGUUCUAGAAUCGGAUGGGAAGCUAUCGGACUUAUAAUCUUAAACUCUACGAAUACGAUUUCGGAUGCUCAAAAUAUGACAGGCUUCUUGUACUUUACCACGUUGACGCAGGCUCAAGACCCGAAUUUCUUGGUCUAUUCAGUAGAUCAACGGCGGAACAUAUCCUCUGACCGAGAUGACUUGACUUUGGUGUUUUUGAAUCAAGACCUCAAAAUGCAAAACUCUCAGCUUUACGUGCCCGAAAUGUCUUCUCGAGUUUCAGGACUCGAAACUUCUGCGACAUCCAGCGUCUCGAUCUACUGGAAUACGCCCACUGAGAACUACAAGGACCCCGAUUCAGAUGAUAGCAGCCAACAACGAAUCUUCUCGAAUCCGUUGCAAAUUGGAACAGUUAAUUAUUAUUUUGGCAAUGUUGAGCCCAUGAACAUAUUCAAUCGUGUAUGGUACAUUCGAUCCAGUGGGAAGAUGAAAGUUCAAGUGGAGCCGAAAUUCGAGGAUCCAAACGGCUCAGCAACAACUAACGCGACGACGACAGGAUUGGUGAUGUGCUCCUAUGCUCCUGAAAACUUGAAGAUCAAUAUGAUAUCAUCGUCUUCAUCGACGGCGGCGAGUACGGGGCUCGUUGUUUUGUAUAAUGUCAUCAAUCCCGUUGUGUUCAAAAUGGAUGGCUUUGAUUUUGUAAUCACUAACAAAAGCGAGCUGAGAAAUGAGCGGGAUGGCACAAAUGAGCCUGUUUCGUCCAGCUUUAUCGAGAUAAGUUCAGACGUUUCGAUAGCUGGUCGAUUUGCAGUACAAUAUUUCAAGAUAGAAGGCUUCACUUUUCCAACUCUAUCAACUACACCCGAAACAGUGGCAACCACCAAAAUUGCGACGAAAUCUUUCGAAUUUCUCAGUUUCAGCGUUACAAUUCUUAUUCUGGCAUUGAAUGUAUAA